CGCACUUGAAAAUAGGUAUGACAUGAUAAGCUGCUGUGUGUCGAAAUCUACCUGGUUUCAUGUUAAACAUUUUGUCUGCUCGUCUCAUUGAAAAAAUAAAAAUAAAAUGGUGGCUUUCAGUGGCCUUUGUUACAAGUUCUCCCGCCUGGCAAACAGCGUCUCUCUGAAGCAACGCGGGACGCAGCAGAAAUGGCGCAUCUUGCCAAAGAGUCAGGCAGUGUCAGAUGGAGAGCUGAACAUGUCCGCGCGGGGCUGCGGAGGCAGCAGCUCCAGCCUUCCAGGGACCCCAGGAGGGGACGUCAACCCGGCCAACAGUGUCCUGAGCUGGGCCGUCUCCUUCGAGAAGCUGUUGGAAGACCCCUGUGGGGUUGGUUACUUUACGGCCUUUUUAACGUCAGAAGUGAGUGCAGAGAACAUUUUAUUCUGGCAAGAGUGUGAAAAGUUCAGGAAGAUUCCCUCCACAUCUAUGGAUCAGCUGAAAGCAGCAGCUCGCUCCAUCUACAACACCUACCUGUCUGACAGCGCCCCCUACUGUGUGAACAUCGAUGACAGCGCUAAGACUGAGGAGAAAGACCUGGAACGGCCCACUCCUGACAUGUUUAACAAAGCCCAGGCCCAGAUCUUCAAGCUGAUGAAGAUGGACAGCUACCGGCGCUUUGUGCGCUCUCCUCUCUACCAGCGCUGCACCUUGGCAAGUGUAGAAGGCAAACAUCUACCUCAGCCCAUGGCAGAGCAUGCCCGCAUGGGGUCGUGGGAGGACGUGUUCAACAGGAGCGCCCCGAGUGACAAGAAGAACAAGAAGUCCGACUCCAACAGCCUCCCGGGUUGUAAAAGUGGCCCAGAGAAACAGCGACAGAAAAGAGGAUCGUGGGGAGAUGUAUUAAAUGAGCAAGGCACAGGUCCUCUGAAGGAGCCAAAUAUGCCCCACAAGUCAACCAGCAGUGUGGAGCUUGGCGCCCUCUGCAGACAGAUGGAGAACGGUCGGCCGAGCGCCAGCUCCCGCGGUCAAGCAGCUGGCAUGGGGAGCCGUGUGGGGAUGGAGGGGGGCUACUGCUGUGUCUACCUGCCCGACGGCAGCGCCUCCCUGGCCCCCACGCGCAACGGCCAGCCAAUCAAGAACAUGCUGGCCAGCCUGUGUGAGAAAAGGGGCUUCCCAUUAAAAGAUGUCAUAAUUUACCUUCAUGGCAAGGACAAGCAGCCCUUAUCGCUGGACCAGGACUGCACCGUGCUCAAAGAUCAGCAGGUCUCUCUCGAGCUCAGGGUGACGUUUACGCUGGAGAAUGCCUUUACUGGUAAAACAGUGGGGAUCAUGGCGAAGUCCAGCAAGACGCUGCAGGACGCCCUCUCUACGGUGCUCCAGAAGCACCACCUAAAGCCCCAAGAGGCAGUGGUCACCAUGGUUGGAAGUGACGAGCCUGUGAACCUGAGCUGGUCUGUGUACAAACUUGCCAAUAAGGUGCUACGGCUGGACAGAGCCAAAGCUAAAGACCAGAUCAUCAUUCCAAGAGGGGGAGUUUCUUUUCUUAACCCACAGGCAGGACCAGGGACUGCAGGUCUGGAGCCCUCCUCAUCGACGCAGCCGGAGCGAGCCAGGACACAUCACAGACCCAGUAAGAACCGCGAGAUGGACGGAUUUAUGGACAUGCUGACCAAAGCUCAGUGCAGCAGAGUAGAGGACCAGAGAGGCCUUCUGACCAAAGAGCAGCUAGAGGUCCCUUUAUUCCUGCAACGUUCUUCGGAUCAGACGCAGAAAACAGACAGUCCCAGUACAAGCAGCUCUUCCACUACUGACUCCAAAACAGAAUCUGAGGACAACAAAUGCUCUUCCACUUCGGCCAAGAAACCCGAGGAAAGUCCUGAUGCUCCUAAAUCGGAAUCUAAAGACUUGAGAGAAACAACAGUUUGAUGAAUGGUUAUGCGGCUUGACAAAGUCUUGAGAUCUAUUGAAUUUCUAACAAAAAAAUGUGAUGUUAAAUGAUUGUUGGUCCAGAUGCACUUUUUGUUUCAUGAAUAAGCUCAGAGUCAGCAGUAUUUUCUUUGGCCUCAGCUUUGGAGUUAUUGGCCCUUUUGAAGACACGUCUAGAUGGAGAAGAAAAGCAAACAAUCAUCAUGGCAAACAUUUACGGUGUAAUUUUUUAAACACUACAGAUCUCCUUGGAGAAUGUUUGCUAUGAAUUUAUACUGCACCCUUAAAUAAAACAUUUCACCUUAAUUUUACACCCUGAAACCUGUCGCUGUACAGAUUGACGGUCGAGCUUGCAGUCGUGUUUUUAUGUCAACUCUAAAGCAUUAAUGCGCGUCUGCAGAGGUAACAUGGACUGUCCUGAAUAUCCAUUUAAAAGUGAUUUUUGCAUGACUUAUCUGAUUUCUAAAUAUUUUUAUUAAGAUUAGCUUUUAUUACUUGAAAUGCAUGUUUUUCAUGUGUGUUUUGUGCACUUGUUUUCAUGGCAUGUUUUGCAUGGUUUGCUGUGAUGGCACUUUGCGAUGCUCUGCUCAUGUCCUGUUUCACCUCCGACUGCAUUUCAGGGUCCAGAUCGUUGAUUUUAAUAUUAUAUUGCAUAGGGGAAGAAGAAAAAAAAAAACAUUCAGCAGGCCGCAUCAGAACAAUUAACAUAUUUUGAAAUAUUUGAUUGUGUUAAUCUCUUGCAAUGGAAUGAGUAUGAACUGAGAUUUUAAUCCUUAGUGAGGAUGUGUUUUUUUUGAUAACUCUGAGGUCAGGUUCUGCUUGGGCGAUAAAUGUUCAUGAUUUGGUUUAAAUUAUACAUUCAGUGCGCUGUAAGACCACUCGAGCUCAGUGGAGCGGCUGGGUGAGUCAUGCAGAACAAUACAAGUCUGAUCUAGCUGAAUAGCUGCCAACUUCUUUGAUUGUAUUUCUGUUUUCUGGUCUAUCGUGAUAAAGGAAAACUUCCUCUAAGGA